CCUGCCCGGGGCGCGGGGCGGAGCGGGCAUGGCCCGCCGGGGGGCCGCCGCGCUGGCACUGGCCCUCUCGCUGGUGGCGGUGGUCCUGGCCGGGGUGGGUGCCCAGGGCGCAGCCCUCCAGGUCCCGGACUACUACGUGCAGGAGACCUGGAGCCGGGAGCCCUACUACGCGCGCCGGGAGCCGAAGCCCGAGCCCUUCUCGCCGCGGCUGCCCGCGGGGACCCGGGACGGGGAGCGGGAGCCGCGCCCGCCCGAGCCCAGGCCGCCCAAGAAGGCGACCAAGCUCAAGAAAGCUCCCAAGAGGGACAAGUUGGCCCCGGAGACGCCUCCACCAGGUAAAAAUAGCAACAGAAAAGGCGUGAGAACCAAGAGCUCUGAGAAGGCUGCCAAUGAUGAUCACAGCGUUCCCGUGGCCCGUGACGAUGUCAGAGAGAGUUGCCCACCUCUCGGUCUGGAAACCUUAAAAAUCACAGACUUCCAGCUUCACGCCUCUACCUCCAAGCGCUACGGCCUCGGGGCACACCGAGGGAGACUCAACAUCCAGGCAGGUAUUAAUGAAAAUGAUUUCUACGAUGGGGCGUGGUGUGCAGGAAGGAAUGACCUCCGUCAGUGGAUUGAAGUAGACGCGAGACGUCUGACCAAAUUCACUGGUGUCAUCACUCAAGGAAGGAACUCACUUUGGCUGAGUGACUGGGUGACCUCUUUCAAAGUCAUGGUGAGCAAUGACAGCCAUACAUGGGUCACUGUUAAGAACGGAUCUGGAGACAUGAUAUUUGAAGGAAACAGUGAGAAGGAGAUCCCCGUCCUCAAUGAGCUGCCCGUCCCCAUGGUGGCCCGCUACAUCCGCGUCAAUCCGCAGUCCUGGUUCGACAACGGGAGCAUCUGUAUGAGGCUGGAGAUCCUCGGCUGUCCCCUGCCGGAUCCAAACAACUAUUAUCACCGAAGGAAUGAAAUGACCACCACUGACGACCUGGAUUUUAAGCACCACAGCCACAAGGAAAUGCGCCAGCUGAUGAAGGUCGUGAACGAAAUGUGCCCCAACAUCACGCGAAUUUACAACAUCGGCAAGAGCCACCAGGGGCUGAAGCUGUAUGCCGUGGAGAUCUCGGAUCACCCUGGCGAGCACGAAGUUGGCGAGCCAGAGUUCCACUACAUCGCAGGGGCCCACGGCAACGAGGUGCUGGGCCGGGAGCUGACGCUGUUGCUCAUGCAGUUCCUGUGCCAAGAAUACUUGGCCGGCAACACACGCAUCGUCCACCUGGUGGAGGAGACCCGGAUUCACAUCCUCCCAUCCCUCAACCCUGACGGCUACGAGAAGGCCUACGAAGGGGGCUCGGAGCUGGGUGGCUGGUCCCUGGGGCGCUGGACCCAUGAUGGAAUCGACAUCAACAACAACUUCCCCGACUUAAACACACUGCUCUGGGAGGCAGAGGACCGACAGAACAUUCCAAGGAAAGUUCCCAAUCACUAUAUUGCAAUCCCUGAGUGGUUUCUGUCUGAAAAUGCCACGGUGGCAGUGGAGACCAGGGCUGUCAUAGCCUGGAUGGAGAAAAUCCCCUUUGUCCUGGGCGGCAACCUGCAGGGGGGCGAGCUGGUGGUGGCUUACCCCUACGACAUGGUGCGGUCCCUGUGGAAGACGCAGGAACCCAGCCCCACCCCUGAUGACCACGUGUUCCGCUGGCUGGCCUACUCCUACGCCUCCACGCACCGCCUCAUGACCGACGCCAGGCGGAGGGUGUGCCACACAGAGGACUUCCAGAAAGAGGACGGGACAGUCAAUGGGGCCUCCUGGCACACUGUCGCCGGAAGUCUCAACGAUUUCAGCUACCUUCACACAAACUGCUUCGAGCUGUCCAUCUACGUGGGCUGUGACAAGUUCCCGCACGAGAGCGAGCUGCCCGAGGAGUGGGAAAAUAAUCGAGAAUCCUUAAUCGUGUUCAUGGAGCAGGUCCAUCGCGGCAUCAAAGGCGUGGUGAGAGACUCCCAUGGAAAAGGAAUUCCGAAUGCUGUUAUCUCUGUGGAAGGCAUUAACCAUGAUAUCCGAACAGCCAGCGAUGGGGAUUACUGGCGCCUCCUGAACCCCGGCGAGUACGUGGUCACCGCCAAGGCGGAAGGAUUCGCCUCGUCCACCAAGAACUGCAUGGUCGGCUAUGACAUGGGUGCCACGCAGUGCGACUUCACCCUCAGCAAAACCAACCUGGCCAGGAUCAGGGAGAUCAUGGAAAAGUUUGGGAAGCAGCCCAUCAGCCUGCCAGCCAGGCGGCUGAAGCUGCGGGGGCGGAAGAGACGGCAGCGCGGGUGACCUCCCAACUCUUGAGACCGGUCCCGGACCCCUGCAAAUUAAACCACCCCCAGUUGUAGCUCCGUAGAGGACUCACUCCCUAUUGUUUUCUCUGUAAUUCAAGAAGGCCUGGGAGAAUGUGUAUGUUGCAAGGCUGGUCCCAAGGGGGAGGGCCGGAAAUUUGGAAUAGUUCUGUUGUCUUUGUUCCAUUUAUCAAGAGACCUCUGACAGAUCAGCAGAGAAAGGCUGGUAGGAGUGAGAAUUCAGCAACUCAACCUGGGAAUUGGAGACAGGGAGGGGGUUUGCCAGCUCAGGGCCUCCUGGUUGCACAGAAAGGGAAGCCAGUGCC